AUAAUCCGUGUUCAGAGAGGAGUUUCAGCAGAAAACAGUUGGCAGAUUGUGAGGCGAUACAGUGACUUUGACUUGCUUAAUAACAGCUUGCAGAUCUCAACUCUAAGUCUACCUCUUCCUCCAAAAAAAUUGAUUGGAAAUAUGGAGCGUGAAUUCAUAGCUGAAAGACAGAAGGGACUCCAGGCCUAUCUUGAUGUAAUUACUACCCAUCACAUACUGUCUAACUGUGAACUGGUAAAAAAAUUCUUGGACCCAAACAGCUAUUCUGUAAACUACACUGAAAUUGCCUUACAGCAUGUUUCAAUGUUCUCCCGAUCAGAGCCAAAGUGGGAAGUGGUAGAACCAUUAAAAGAUAUAGGUUGGCGAAUACGUAAGAAAUAUUUCUUAAUGAAGAUUAAGAAUCAACCAAAGGAACGGCUAAUGUUAAGCUGGGCUGAUCUUGGCCCUGAUAAAUACUUGUCUGACAAAGACUUGCAGUAUGCUGUGAAACUUCUUUCUUCCUGUUCUCAUCCCUAUAUUUACAAAAUCACUUUUGCCACUGCCAAUGAAUCUUCAGCGCUGGUUGUUAGACCAUUCAGUGAAAAAGGCACGCUAAAGGACCUUAUUUAUAAGGCAAAGCCAAAAGACCCGUUCCUGAAGAAGUAUUGCAAUCCCAAAAAAAUUCAAGGUCUUGAACUUCAGCAAAUAAAAACAUAUGGAAGGCAAAUAUUAGAGGUAUUAAAAUUCUUGCAUGAGAAAGGAUUUCCUUAUGGCCAUCUUCACUCUGCCAAUGUGAUGCUGGAUGGGGACACCUGCAAGUUACUGGAUCUGGAAAAUUCCUUGUUGGGCCUUCCAUCAUUUUAUCGAUCAUACUUUUCACAGUUUCGGAAAAUUAAUACUUUAGAAGGUGUUGACGUACAUUGCUUUGGACACUUAUUGUAUGAAAUGACAUACGGAAGACCCCCAGAUACGAUUCCAGUAGACAGCUUCCCUCCUGCACCAUCAGUGUUUGUUGUGUCUGUGUUGGAAUCCAUUCUGACCUGUGAAGCUAUGAAGAAUGGCAUGCCAACUGUUUCACGGCUCUUACAGAUGCCAUUAUUCAGUGACGUCCUGCUAACAAACUCCGAGAAACCACAGUUUAAGAUUCCUACUAAGCUAAAAGAGGCAUUGAAAACCUCCAAGGAAUGCAUAGAAAAACGGUUAACAGAAGAACAGAAAUUGAUUCACCAGCACAGACGGCUGACAAGAGCUCAAUCUCAUCAUGGCUCUGAAGAAGAAAAAAAGAAAAGGAAGAUCUUAGCACGAAAAAAGUCAAAACGCUCUGCCUAUGAAAGUGGGGAAGAACACUCAGCAAAAUACAGCAACUCAAAUAACUCAGGCUCUGGGGCGAGUUCCCCAUUAACAUCUCCAUCAUCCCCCACUCCGCCCUCUACAGCAGGACCAUCGUCGAUACCCCCAGCACCGCCACCGCCGCCCCUGCCACCAGCAGCUCCUCCUCUGAGUGCAGAGGUGCCAACGCAGCCAAGCCCGCAGCCCGACGUCAGUGCAAGCCGAGGAGCCUUACUCAGCUCCAUUCAAAACUUUCAGAAAGGAACUCUGAAGAAAACACAGACCUGUGACUACAGUGCUCCCAGGAUCAGCUGA